AUGACCUGGUCCCCUAUAUUACCAGGUGCGACCAUUCUGUAUCCAGAUCUGCUGGCUUUUGGUAGCCGUGGCUACUUCCGAGAGGAGAAUGUGCCGCUGAGCAAGCUUCGCCACCACGAAGGGCCAGUGAAGGUGGUCGAGAGAAAGCUGAUCCAGGCGCUUCGAGAAGAACGACGGGACAUGCGGGAGAAGAAGACUGCCAUUGGCGAAGAUGCUGAAAGGCAGCUACAGCUGCAGCUGCCAGGGAUGAAACGCAAGCGCUCUCCGGAACCGGAGGCGCUGUGCGACGGUCCAGCGAGGGAGUGCAACCUGUCUCCUGCAACGCCGAUGCAGGACCAGCCCGAGGAGCACAUCACGACUCCCGAGAAAAAGGCCCACACGACGCCGCGGAUCACACCGGAGAAGACUGCCAGACCGACCGAGGCGGAUCACGCAAGUCCACUGACAGCGGAGACCACGGCCGUCGUUGUCCGAGCCAUCUCGAAAGCCUUCCAAAGCGCAGGCACCCAGGUCCUGACACUCCCAGCCAUCGACAAGAUCGUCAAGGACCAGGGGCUCGGAUCAUCCACGCAGGAGAUUUUAGAAAAGCUCGAAAGCCAGAACAAAGUGAUGGUUACGGAUGAUCUUUGCUUCUGCAUCGCCUGA